GAGUGUGCUAGGGAGCCGCUCUUCAUGCUGUACUGUGCCAUCAAGCAGCAGAUGGAGAAGGGCCCUAUUGACGCCAUCACAGGGGAGGCCCGCUACUCUCUGAGCGAGGACAAGCUCAUCCGGCAGCAGAUUGACUACAAGACCCUGACCCUGAACUAUGUGAACCCUGAACAUGAGAAUGCGCCCGAGGUUCCUGUGAAAGGACUGAACUGUGACACCGUGACCCAGGUCAAGGAGAAGCUACUGGAUGCUGUGUACAAGGGUGUGCCUUACUCACAGCAGCCUAAGGCUGGGGACAUGGACUUGGAGUGGCGCCAGGGCCGCAUGGCACGCAUCAUCCUUCAGGAUGAGGAUGUCACCACCAAAAUUGACAACGACUGGAAGAGGCUGAACACACUGGCUCACUAUUAGGUGACGGAUGGGUCAUCGGUGGCACUAGUACCCAAGCAGACGUCUGCCUACAACAUCUCCAACUCCUCCACCUUCACUAAGUCCCUCAGCAGAUAUGAGAGCAUGCUGCGUACAGCCAGUAGCCCCGACAGCCUACGCUCACGAACACCCAUGAUCACGCCAGACCUGGAAAGUGGAACAAAACUGUGGCACCUGGUGAAGAACCACGACCACCUGGACCAACGUGAAGGCGACCGUGGCAGCAAGAUGGUCUCUGAGAUCUACCUGACAAGGCUGCUGGCUACCAAGGGAACACUACAAAAGUUCGUGGAUGACCUGUUUGAGACCAUCUUCAGCACAGCACACCGUGGCUCAGCCCUGCCUCUGGCCAUCAAGUACAUGUUUGACUUCUUAGAUGAGCAGGCCGACAAGCACCAGAUCCAUGACUCAGAUGUGCGCCAUACCUGGAAGAGCAAUUGCCUGCCUCUGCGCUUCUGGGUGAAUGUGAUUAAGAACCCUCAGUUUGUGUUCGACAUCCACAAGAACAGCAUAACAGAUGCCUGCCUCUCAGUGGUAGCACAGACCUUCAUGGACUCCUGCUCUACAUCAGAGCACAAGCUGGGCAAAGACUCGCCCUCCAACAAGUUGCUCUAUGCCAAGGACAUACCCAACUACAAGAGCUGGGUUGAGAGGUACUAUGCUGACAUUGCCAAGAUGCCCGCCAUCAGUGACCAAGACAUGAGCGCCUACCUGGCAGAGCAGUCCCGGCUGCAUCUCAGCCAGUUCAACAGCAUGAGUGCCCUGCACGAGAUCUAUUCCUACAUCGCCAAGUACAAGGAUGAGAUUCUGGUGGCUCUGGAAAAAGAUGAGCAGGCACGAAGGCAGCGGCUUCGGAGCAAACUGGAGCAGGUGGUGGACACGAUGGCCCUGAGCAGCUGAGCCCUGGAAGUGCCCACCCAGCAGGAGGCAGAGCAGGAGAGCACCAGAGGACCCAGGAGACGGCCCUUGGCCCACCU